AUGGGGGGAUCUAACAUUGCCUCUAAAUAUUUGAAAUCAAGUCGAAAAGCACUCUCCCUCCUAGACCAACCAUGUCUUACAAGCUCCUACAUAAACCAAAUUCACGCCCACCUCAUCUACUCAGGUUCCAUCUCCGACCCAUUCGCCGCCGGAAAACUUUUGUUCUCAUGCAUAACAUCGACCCACGCCGAUCUCCAACAUGCAUACACCGUAUUUCAAUCAGUACCUCAUCGAUCCACUUACAUAUGGAACACCAUGAUCAGAGCAUUUACCGAGCAGGGUAAAUCUGAAAAUGCCAUAUCGUUGUUUAAGCGUAUGUUUGGUUGCGGUUUUUCACCCACUAAUCACACAUUUUCUUUCGUUCUUAGAGCUUGUGCUGAUCUUUCUGAACUUCAAUUAGGAUUGGUCUGUCAUGGCCAAGCAAUUAAAUUAGGGUGGGAAAGUUACGAUUUUGUUCAAAACGGGUUGAUUCAUUUAUACGCUGUUUGUAAUCAUUUAGACUAUUGUCGUAGACUGUUCGAUAGUAGCUCGGAUAGGGAUAUUAUCACAUGGACUGCAGUGAUCAAUGGGUAUGCCAAAUCAGGCCAAACAGAAGUUGCAAGACAACUGUUCGAUGAAAUGCCUAUGAAGAAUAACGUGUCUUGGAGCGUCAUGAUCAAUGGGUAUGUUCAAGUUGGGUUAUUUAAAGAAGCUCUUGAUCUAUUCAAUGACAUGUUGCAUUCUGGGUUCCACCCUAAUCGCUCAAGCAUCGUGCUUGUACUCUCUGCAUGUGGUUUUCUUGGUGCAUUAGAUCAAGGUAGAUGGAUUCAUACAUAUGUUAACAAAAAGAAAAUGAAUUUGGAUGUAAUCUUGGGUACAUCCCUUAUAGACAUGUACGCUAAAUGUGGUUGCAUUGAAUUAGCUUAUAUUGUAUUCGAAAACAUGCCAUAUAGAGAUGUGUUUGCUUUUACUUCAUUGAUUUCUGGUCUAGCUAACAAUGGAGAAAGCAAAAAAGCAAUAGCGUUGCUCACAAGGAUGAACACAGAAGGGGUUAAACCAAAUGAGAUCACAUUCAUAUGUGUUCUAAAUGCAUGUAGUCGUAUGGGAUUAGUGAAAGAAGGUUUAAGAGUUUUUGAAAUGAUGAGUGAAGUUUAUGGGAUUGAGCCAAGUGUGAAGCAUUACGGGUGUUUGGUUGAUCUUCUUGGUGGAGCUGGGAUGCUAGAAGAGGCUAAAAAUGUUGUGACGAAAAUGCCCACGGAGCCUGAUUCUUAUGUGUUGGGUGCAUUACUGAAUGCAUGUAGGGUUCAUGGGAAUGUGGAAUUGGGUAAGGAAAUGGUGGAGAGUUUGGUGGAAAGGGGUCUUGAUUUUAGUGGAGUUCAUGUUCUUCUUUCGAAUAUUUAUGCAUCUGUUGAUGAAUGGGGGUAUGUGGAAAGUCUAAGGAAGAAGAUGGAAGAUGAGAAGGUGAAAAAGGAGGUUGGGUGUAGUUUGAUUGAAGUGGAGGGUGUGGUGUGUGAAUUUGUUGCAGGAAAUAAAGUGGUUAUGGAGGAGAUUGAAUUGGUGUCAUUAGGAAUUGACAAGCACUUGAGAUCCUAUUGGAUUGAUACUUGA